AUGGAUCCAGAUGAGAUCCAAAGGCUGGUGGAUCAACUACAACUUACGGAGGAGGCGGACGAUUCCACCGUUGCGCUUCCGGCAAUGCUUACAGCAAAUCUAAAGGAUAAUCUCAAACUUUGCCUUGCGGGUAAAGUUUUUGCGGGGAAACAAGUGAGCCGUGAUCAAUUACUUCAAUAUCUUCCUAGCAUAUUAAUGGCACAACAACGUAUUGAAGUGGAGAUUGUAGGGGCGAAUUUAUUUGUUGUCCAGUUUACGUCAUUGCUUGAUAAAAAACAUGCGUUGCAUGGGGGCCCAUGGCACCUUUUCCAAGAUCUGAUUGCUUUUGCUGAGAUUGAGGGUUUCCAGAACCCCACUGAUGUGAAGUUCGAGUUUUUUACGGGGUGGAUCCAGUGCCAUAAUCUACCGAUGGCUUGCAUGCAUCCAGAUGUAGUGCGGAGGAUAGGGGAACAGAUUGGGACGGUGGAAGAUAUUGAUAUGGGAGUUGGAGGUAUGUGUAGGGGAAGAUUCGCAAGGGUGAGGGUUCGGUGGUCUCUUUCACGACCUCUACAAAGAUGUGUCCGUAUUCUGCCGGAUGGAGAGAUGCAAGGGGUCAUUGUUAUUCUUCUGUAUGAAAAGCUUCCGAACUUUUGCUAUCGUUGCGGAAGAAUAGGACAUCUAUUUCACCUUUGUGAGACUCCUGGAAAUGAUAAAGAAGAUUUUAAGUAUGGAGCGUGGCUCAUGGCUCCCAAACCCAUUGAGAUCCGGAAAAAGCAAUCUUGGGCCAAGGAGAAUACCGGAGCUAAACCUUAUUCAAGAUCUGAGUGGGGAGAAAGCAAUGAUACUAGUGAGACGUCUAGCAAGAGCCUUUCGUGUGUACCUAAAGGUAAUGAAAGGGAGGAGGGGGUGACGAUAACUGGAAACAUGAAGGAACUAGCCUUGACCACACCUAACCCUAAAGCUAUACAACAAGGCCCCACACAGGAGAUAGAAAAGGGAGAAGUGGCGAAAAAAGGUAUUGAGGGAGAGGGAGGUAAGGUGGUGCAACUGGGGUCUGGGAAGAGUGUCAAGGAAGGAGGGGGCUCGAAAUGGAAAAGGAGAGCGAGAGAGCCUGUCUUGCAAAGUGGGAAGAAGGAAGUUCUUUCGAAGGGAGAGGUGGUGUGGGGAAGAGGGGGUAGAGGAGGUAGAGGUGGACGAGGAGUGGGAGAAAGGACGAGGGAGUUCGGAGGGAAGAAGAGGGGAGGGGUACCGGAGGGACAAGGGGACGGGGAGGGGCAAAAAGAGAAGUGGGAGCUCCGCUAA